CAGGGCCCAUGUGACUGGAAAGAGGAGGACGUGGAGAUUACAGAUGGAGGUAUAAAAGCACAAGGAGGACAACACGCUUCACAAACUCAAGAAGAACAAAGAAGCAAUCUCUCAGAGCAGAGAUCGGCGGUAGCCUCUUGGGAUAUCUGUGACAACAGAGACCCUCAGCAGCAAUGAACGCCAACCCCCCUGCGGGAAGCGCCCUGGCCCCCGGCGGAUCGACCGGCCCCACCACACCCAAGAAGGGACCACCCAAGUUCAAGCAGAGGCAGACCCGUACAUUCAAGAGCAAGGCCCCAAAGCCAGGCCAGAAGGGCUUUGGCGACGACAUCCCAGGCAUGGAGGGUCUCGGCACAGACAUCACAGUGGUGUGCCCAUGGGAAGCCUUCGGCGACAUGGAGCUCAGCGAUCUGGCCAAAUACGGCAUCAUCUAAACCUGCUGCCUCCUGCCUUCCUGACCUGCCUGUACCUCUAAUCCUCUCCGCCCGGCCUUCUCUCCGCCCCGGCUCGGCACGCCGUGAUAAGGCUGCCAGCAAACCCCCUAAUGCCCUCUCGUCUAUCUACCUCAUGCUGCACUCCACUAAGUGGAUAGGAAGCAUAAUAAUGUUUUUAUAUGAUUAUACGAUACUGUUUAUAUAUAUAUAUAUACUUGAAAUGAGAAGACGAGAAAAAGAACUCCACAUACCUUUUCCCCUUCAUCCAUCUAUGAUAGUCUUCUCCUUACUUAAAGCUUACCCCCCUCCUCAUUUGGACUCCCCUCUCACCCCCCGCCACUCCUGUUCCACGGCAAUGGACGCAAGCAAAACACUAGUUAUGACUAGCUUGUAUUUGCUUCUAGCUGUCUAUUAAAAUGUAAAUAAUUUGUUCUCA